AUGUUCAAGCACUCUCGGCGCAAAAACCGAUCGGUGGCCGCUGCGCUCGACAACGGCCAGUGGAUCAGGGAUCUCCGCCACGGCGACACGACACUCAUCGCUGUCGAUUUCUUGUGCCUCUGGCGGCGGCUCCAGCAAGCUGAGAUCACCCUCGACAGUCAAGUUGUUGAUCGGAUCGCUGGGACUGCAGGAGGAGGGGCGAUGUACUCUGCCCGGGCUGCGUACAAGAUGCUCUUUAAGGACACGCCGAGCACGAGCCACAGCAGCGCUGUCUGGAAAUGCUGGGCGCCUGGGACUGUCAAGAUGUUCGACUGGCUACUGCAUAACAACAGGAUCUGGUGCAAUGACAGACUGCAGAGGAGGGGCUGGCCGAAUGUAUUCCACAUAACUUCCAUUGUAGGUAACGUAUUUGGUUUCAAAGCCCUACGUGCUCUACGUUUGGAGGAUCUACGAAUUCCCCCUACUUAUUCAAAAACUUUCCAAGGCCCGCCUCAUGGUAUCCAAGUUGAAAGAGAUAAGUUGAACAAGUACGGUCGUCCUUUAUUGGGAUGUACUAUUAAACCAAAAUUGGGAUUAUCCGCAAAAAAUUAUGGUAGAGCGUGUUAUGAGUGUCUACGUGGUGGACUUGAUUUUACCAAAGAUGAUGAAAACGUAAACUCACAACCAUUUAUGCGCUGGAGAGACCGUUUUGUCUUUUGUGCCGAAGCUAUUUAUAAAUCACAGGCCGAAACCGGUGAAAUCAAGGGGCAUUACUUGAAUGCGACUGCGGGUACAUGUGAAGAAAUGAUUAAGAGAGCUGUAUUUGCAAGAGAAUUAGGGGUUCCUAUUGUAAUGCAUGACUACUUAACUGGGGGAUUCACCGCAAAUACUACUUUGGCUCAUUAUUGCCGCGACAAUGGCCUACUUCUUCACAUUCACCGUGCAAUGCAUGCAGUUAUUGAUAGACAGAAAAAUCAUGGUAUGCAUUUCCGUGUAUUAGCUAAAGCAUUGCGUAUGUCUGGGGGAGAUCAUAUCCACUCCGGUACAGUAGUAGGUAAGUUAGAAGGGGAACGCGAAAUGACUUUAGGUUUUGUUGAUUUAUUGCGCGAUGAUUUUAUUGAAAAAGAUCGUGCUCGCGGUAUCUUUUUCACUCAGGAUUGGGUAUCCAUGCCGGGUGUUAUAUCGGUAGCUUCAGGUGGUAUUCAUGUUUGGCAUAUGCCAGCUCUGACCAAAAUCUUUGGGGACGAUUCUGUAUUACAAUUUGGUGGAGGAACUUUAGGACAUCCUUGGGGAAAUGCACCUGGUGCAGCAGCUAAUCGAGUGGCUUUAGAAGCCUGUGUACAAGCUCGUAACGAAGGGCGCGAUCUUGCUCGCGAAGGUAAUGAAAUUAUCCGAGCAGCUUGCAAAUGGAGUCCUGAACUAGCCGCAGCUUGUGAAGUAUGGAAGGCGAUCAAAUUCGAGUUCGAGCCGGUAGAUACUAUUGAUUAACUAGAUAAAACUAAAGAUAAAGAAGGUAUAAAUAAAAAAGAAACGAAAUAAAAAGAGAAAAAAAA